CGCCGGUGUCACGUAAAAUGGAUACUUGGGUUGCGAGAGAAAAGAAAGCUGAGUCGUAGCCCAACUAUUAAUUCUCUUUUAUCGAACUUUAUUAUGACUUUGGCACUUACAGUAGAAUAACGUUGAACAGAGAAAGGGGUGUUGUACAAGAACAGCAACUAGAACGAGAACUCCCCGGGCUGGGUGAAGUCUCGGCUUAUAUACACCCUGGCUUGGGGAUGUUGGGGGGUUUGGUGUGGAUUCCAAGGAGUCCGAAAGUCGGGGUUGGGGCCUUAUCUCUGAUGGGGACUAAGAUGCGUCGCGGCGUUGGCGUCCGACAGUCGGGAGUCGAUGUCUUUUCUCUGAGAGGUAAUUGGUGUCACACCGGCAAUCGUUACGUCCGUUUUCAUAGGCCUUGGCAUCGUGUUUUGUGGAUGCGCAAUGGUCCAUAACGUCUUCGUGUGGCAGAGGGAGAAGACGAAUGCCGUGAAGGCGUUAGCGCGCGAACAGUGCGAAGCGGCGGUACAGCUGCAGCGUCAGCAGCAGCUGCAACAGCACCAGAACCAGCACCAGCUACAACAGCAACAACAACUACGUGGCCCGUUAACCAUCCACCAUGCUGGCUGCCCAACGAAAGUCGGGCCCGUGACGAACCAACUAAAUACCAGCCACGCAACGCACGGCCGAGCUGCACAGUACCAACACUAUCAUCACCAUCAUCAUCAUCGACACGUGUCAAUGUCUCCACCGCUCUUGUUGCUCUCAUCGCCAGCUCCGAUCGCGGCGACGCACAAUCAUCUGAACGUGAGCGGACACAGAAACGUGGUUACGCCACCGGAUACACCAGCAGAUAGAUCGCCACCGAGUCCUGGAAAUAAGCUAAAUAGAUCGCAGCAUUUGCCACGGGAAGCAACCGGCAGCGUCAGUCCUGGUCUUCCGGCUGCCACAUUGGAUCUAAGUAGCGCAGCAACCACCAAUAGUCCGCAUGAAUUGUCCACGUUAGUUUAG